AUGAAAAAGUUUAUAAAUAAAGAAAUUGUUCAGGCGAUACUCAUAGCGGACAGUAAUGCGAAAAAUUUUCGGCCUUUUUCUGAAACCGAGUCCGUGGCCUUGCUACCAAUGGUAAACGAACCUAUGCUUGAUUAUGCGCUGGAGGCAUUGAACCGCAGCGGCGUAAUGGAAGUAUUUAUCUUCUCAAGUUUGCAUUACGAGAAUGUAAAAGGUUUUAUAAACGAGAGUUUAGCAUCAGCAUCAUGCUGGGCAAUUGGUAUGACUGUGCAUGUAAUAGGAGGAGAAGGUUGCAGAUGCUUCGGCGAUGCUAUGCGUGAACUUGAUAGCAAAGGAUUAAUACGUGAAAAUUUCAUAUUGCUCGAUGCUAACUGCGUUACUAACGCCGAUUUAAAAUCUAUUUUGGGACAACAUAAGAAAACAGUGGCUUAUGAUAAAGGAGCCGUCGCCACUCUUAUAUUUAAACAAGCUAAUAUUCAUGUUCGUACUGGCAGUGAAGUUAUGAUUGCUAUGGAUAUACAGAAUAAACGAUUGCAUCAUUAUCAAGAGCUAUCUAUGGACUCUAAAGAAAUAAAUUUUGAGAUUCCUUUAGAAGUGUUUACCCAUAAUUCCGAAAUAGCAUUGCUGAACUUAGUUAAUCCGGAGAUAGCAAUAGGAUCGCCAUCUAUGCUUUCUCUAUUUUCGGAUAAUUUCGAUUUUGAGACACGAGCAGAUUUUAUUAGGGGAAUUCUCAUUAAUGAAGAAAUUCUAGAUAGCCGCAUUUAUAUUUCUCUACUGUCUCGCCAGCACUAUGCACGAAAAGUGAACAAUUGGUUGUCCUAUCAAAUUGUUAGCAAUGAUAUAAUCAAUCGUUGGACCUAUCCAUUAGUGCCGGAUAUGGGCAUCAAAUGUUUAACUCAACAGUACGUUUUCCUAAAAAACAACAUUUACAGAAGUGCGACCGCGAAUUUAGUUAAAGUAGGAUUGCGAGAAAAUGUUGUUAUAGGGAACAAAAGUGCUGUUGGCUUAGGCUCUCAUUUAGAUUGCAGUGUUAUUGGAAGGAACGUGCUGAUUGGCCAGAAUUGCCGCUUGCAUUAUGUAUUUAUCUUCGAUAAUGUCAUCGUGGAGGAUAAUUGCGUAUUAGAGUUUUGUAUUAUAGGUUCUGCGUCAAAAAUAGGCUCUAAGUGCGAACUUAAAAAUGUACUUGUUGACUAUAAUUGUGUAAUACCAAAAAAUACUAAAUUGAUGAAAUCACAAGUAUUCUCUUCACUCCCAAAGGAUGGACGAGAUGAAAUGACGAGGAAAAUAAGUGAGAAAGCAUAUGUGAUAGACGACGAAGCUGAAGUUGCUGACGAUGAAGACGAAAGAAACCAUCCUGCUUCACCAAAAAUGGGAAAAUUAACCACAAUUCUUGUAGAUAGUGAUUACAGCUGUAGUAGUGACGAGAGCGAGUCAAGAGGUUGUUCUCCUAUAUUAGACGACGCCAAUGGUUUCUUAUCGGAAGUAAUAGAUUCUCUGACUCGUGGUCUGCAAGAAAAAUCGAACCCAGAAUAUUUAAAAUUAGAAAUCAAUUCAUCACGUUAUGCUUACAAUAUGUCUUUGAGAGAAGUUAACUUCAAUGUUGUGAAGGCAAUUUUUAACUUACCGCCUAUAAAGGAGUCAUCACGUAACAUUUCAGUUGCAUUGAAUACGGUGUUCGAUCAAUUAAAACCCAUAAUAACGCAUUAUAUUACAACAGAUGACGCAAUGAUGGAUUGCUUGAAAGCUUUAGAAGAUAUUUUUGAGGAGAAUGAAUUUGUGCGCAGUAGAAUGUCGCAAGUUGUUCAUUAUUUGUACGACAAAGAUUUUAUAACGGAAGACAUUAUUUUGGCUUGGUACGAACAGCUUGAUAAUGAUCAGCACAAGAUCUUAAAGCAAACCUUGCAGAAAUUCAUCGAAUGGCUUGAGCAAUCUAGCGAUGGUGAUAAUGAAGAAACGGACUAAGAUUUUUGAAAAUGUUCAAUAAAAAUAAUUGUGUUCUUUUUCUUAUUAUUGAAAUAAUUACAAACUAAAGUAAAGGCAAA